ACAAUGUUUCACAGCAACAACAACCCUGAAUGUGGCAACAAGGCGGAGCUGAACAUCACCGGUAGCCUGCCAUACGAUGCCGAAGCAAAACGCAGUAGUCAUAAGAUCGACUGCAUCAUCUGUUUCUCCAACUACAACCUCACCAACAGGCUUCCCAGGCGGCUGUACUGCGGUCACACCUUCUGUCAGGCCUGCAUCCGUCGCCUCGAUUCUGUAACCAACGAGCAAAGAUGGAUCCCCUGCCCUCAGUGCCGCCAAAACACGCCAACACCCCGGGGUGGAGUGGCCAUGCUAGACUUGGACCUAGCUGCCUUUUUAGCAGUGAAGUCUGAGAAGGACAGCCCACGGUCAGCCAGCAAGACUUUAGACACAGAUUCAGAACUCAAAGUUUUUGCAAAGAACGUUCCGAUCAGCAGGCAGCCCACGGGCAGCUGCCAAGAGUCUGUCUCCGAACCACGAUUUCCCAGGAGGAUAUGCUGUAAAAAUUGCUUCUGCUGUCCCUGUUGUUCUUGUGUGUGAGAGAUCCAGAAUACAGUGAAGGCCAACCAGUGGGAAAAAGCAGCGAUGGGAUAUUGUCCAUCAUUAAAAAUUAUCCACAUGCAAAGUGCAAAUAGUUAUCAUCGACCAAUCAGAAUCUCGUUAUACAAGCUGCAGUGGUAGAACAUGGAUUCUGAUUACUUGGUCCGGGUUUUGCUCUUUUCCCAUUCUACUUUUAUGGAAAAGGCCCCCACACAGCACAUGUACUGUAUAUAGUGAAAAUUGCUCAACAUAUUCUAA